UUGCAAACUAAGAGAACAGUUGGUAACUAUUGUAUACAUUCUAAUAACUACUGUAAGUUGUGAGUUGUAACUGCUAAGGGAUAAACUCGUUAAGUGUGAUAAAAUGUUGCAGUGUGCCAUUACUAAUGCAGUUCCCGAAGAACCGGUGGUUUCACCGGUAUCCGGUCAUAUAUUUGAAAAAAGUGUUAUAGAAAAAUAUAUAAUAGAGAAUGGAUGUGAUCCGAUAAAUGGCAUCGAUUUGAGUGUAGACCAACUUAUUGAAGUUAAAACUGAUGCAUGCCUCAAGCCAAAUCCACCAUCAGCAACAUCAAUUCCAAAUGUUUUAAAAGAUUUACAAGAUGAAUAUGACGCUGUUACUUUAGCGUCAUUCAAAGUUAAACAGCAAGUUCAUGCAUCUCGUGCAGAACUACAGCAAAGCCUCUAUCAACAUGAUUCUGUUUGUCGAGCUAUAACAAAACUCACUAAGGAAGCAGCUGCAGCUAAAGAAGCAUUAGCCAUGAUUAAACCAUUAACUUCAGCUGCAAACAUUCCUCAACCAGCAUUAGCUAUGGAAGCUGGUGGAACAGCUACACAACCCGACGAACAAGCAGGAAUAACUGAAGACAUUAUCGAAAAAUUACAAGAGAAAGCAACAGUUUUGACUCAAGAAAGAAAACGUAGAGGCAGAUCUAUUCCAGAAGAUCUUUCUACACAUGAUACAAUAAAAUCAUUUGAAACAUUGUCAUCACAUCCAGGUCUUCAUUCAGCUAGUACUCCUGGAAUUCUGGCUUUAGAUAUACAUGGAGCAGAUACAAGUAGAAUUGUAACUGGUGGAGCUGAUAAAAAUGCAGUAGUUUUUAACAAAGAUACUGAACAAAUUGUCACCAUUCUUAAAGGUCAUUCAAAAAAAGUCACAAGAGUUAUUUAUCAUCCAACAGAAGAUGUAGUUAUGACAGCUUCUCCUGAUUCAACUGUUAGAGUUUGGAAUGUGGAUACUAGUCAAACCAUGUUACUAAUGAGAACUCAUGAUGCACCUGUAACAGGAUUGUCAUUGCAUCCGACUGGAGAUUACUUGCUCAGUUCAUCUCUCGAUCACUGUUGGGCAUUUUCAGAUAUUCGAACAGGUUUAUUACUUACAAAGGUAUCUGGACAAGGUAGCCAACCUUUAACUACAGCACAGUUUCACCCUGAUGGCUUAAUCUUUGGUACUGGAACUGUAGAUUCACAAAUUAAAAUUUGGGAUUUAAAGGAACAAUCUAAUGUUGCUAAUUUCCCUGGACAUUCUGGACCUAUUACAGCAAUAAGUUUUUCAGAAAAUGGUUAUUAUUUGGCUACAGCUGCUGAAGAUUCUUGUGUAAAAUUAUGGGAUCUGCGUAAACUGAAAAAUUUCAAAACUUUACAAUUAGAUGAAUCUUAUGAAGUACAAGAUAUUUGUUUCGAUCAAAGUGGUACUUACUUAGCUGUCUGUGGAUCAGAUGUUAGGAUCUAUGUUUGCAAACAGUGGGUAGAGUUGAAGACAUUCAAUGAUCACACAGCCUCAGUGACUUCUGUGCGUUUUGGAAAGAAUGCUGAUUUUAUAGCCUCCUCAAGUAUGGACAGAACUUUUAAAGUAUAUGGUUCAAAAUGAAAAUUUAUGUGGAUAAUUUUUUAAAAAUAAAAUUAAUUUUUUAUAAAUAAGAUUAUGUAAAAUUUUAUAAAAUAACUCAAAUAGAUAUUUUCUAAUUUUUAAUAAGCUUUUUCUUGACAACCCUCUUGCAUAGGAAAAUAAUUCCCACAGUACAAUGUGCAUAGAAUAUUAAGAAUAAUUAUAUGAAUAACUAAAGAUAG